AAAUGCUCUUUGCCUUGGGCUAUAUAAAAACGUACUGAAGCACUUCCUGUAGUGGUAAAUAGGUACACACGGGCGGAGUACUUGAUGAGUGUGCUACCUUUUUCAUGCCUAGCGUGCCUUCUAGAUGGGAAUACUAAUAGCAGCGCAUAUUCAAAGAAGACCUCAUAUUAUGGAUCCACAGUAAUCAUUGCCUUGCCUCACAAAGUUAAUUGUUAUCAUGGACUGACCAAUUUCGAGGUAGAUUCUGGGUCCAGCUUUAACCUAUUCUUUCGCAGAUGUCGUAGGUUUAGAGAGGGUGGACUCUUCAAGGACUCAUAGCUCCAAACACUCUGCACUUUUAUGAUGAAGAAUGGAAUGAGAUAGAAGAACAGAAAGAUCUUGGAGACUUGAUCUCAGAGAUCCAUGCCUCCAGAGUGGCGUCCACUUCUAAUCAAAUCCGGC